CCCUCGAUCUGACAACAGAGUGGAUACAGCGCCAGCUGCUCGCCGCGACUUUACAGAUCGACGUUUUUAACCAGGUCACCGUCGCGCCGCCGCGCGGACACUCGCCGACGAGCCCCGCUGCCAAUGUUUACCUCUCCGGCGUGUCUCCUCCAGCCAGGGGGAAGUGGCCGAUCGCGUUGUUAUUGUGAUGCGAUGAGGGUGGUUUGACAGCGAGCAGGUAGAGACGCCACCAUGUUUGUUCGACACAUGCUGCGCGGAUGAUGCAGCAGCCACCAGCAGCGGUUUGAACACUUCCUCUCUCCGGGAGGCGAGCUGCUGCUGCUGCUGUUGUUGUUGUUCGACAGCUGCAGAUCCUCCACUUCCGACGGCUCCAUGAUGGCGAUGUUUCGGAGCUUUGUCUCUGCGAGCACCCAGCUCCGCCAGCAGCCGCAGCCGCAGCAGCAGCAGCAGCAGCCCGGCAGCGGCUCCUGCUCCCCGGCGGAGGGCAUCGAGAGCCAGUUCUCAUGUCCCAUCUGCCUGGAGGUCUACCACAAGCCCGUCAGCAUCGCCAGCUGCGCUCACACGUUCUGUGGCGAGUGUCUGCAGCCGUGUCUUCAGGUGACCUCGCCCCUCUGCCCUCUGUGCCGCGUGCCCUUUGACCCCAAGAAAGUGGAGCGCUCCUCCAGUGUGGAGAAGCAGCUGGCCUCGUACAAAGCCCCCUGCAGGGGCUGCAGCAAGAAGGUGUCUCUGGUAAAGAUGAGGUCCCACAUUGCUUCCUGUUCCAAAGUCCAGGAGCAGAUCGCCAACUGUCCCAAGUUUGUCCCGGUGGUGCCCACCUCACAACCUAUACCAAGCAAUAUUCCAAACCGGUCGACCUUCGUGUGUCCGUUCUGCGGGGCCAGGCACCUGGACCAGCAGGAGCUGGUGAAGCACUGUAUGGACAACCACCGCAAUGACCCCAAUAAAGUGGUGUGUCCGGUGUGUUCAGCCAUGCCGUGGGGAGACCCCAGCUACAAGAGCUCCAACUUCCUCCAGCAUCUCCUCCACAGACACAAGUUCUCCUAUGACACCUUUGUCGACUACAGCAUCGAUGAAGAGGCAGCACUGCGGGCGGCUCUGGCACUGUCGCUGGCGGAAAACUGACCCGUCGCUCCGCCACCCCGUCCCACCACCGACUCUCCACCACAACUGCCGUCACCCUGCCCGGUGCCGCUGCACGGCUGCUGUCCCCCGCCCCCCUUUUUCCUCGUGUAACAUCAUCAGGCUCCUCCCAUCCUCUGGGCCUCAGAGGUUCACUGCGGUGACCUGGUGGAAACAGUUACUAACUGCCGAACCACAGUACUGAAAGGCCUCUGUCUCUCUCUCCUGCUUGCCCCCUCCGCUUCUCUUUUCCCCAAAUCAUUUUUCGCUACUGCAUAAAGACAUUAGCACUCGGAAGUCCAAGAAAAUCACAGAAGAAGCGUCUGCUUAGUAUUUCCAGCGAGCGCAGACUUGAGCCCAGUUUGUAUUUCAUACGUUCGCUUGACGGAAAGUACAUUUCCUCCUCUUCCCAUGUCAGUGGCCGUCUGCACGAACCGCCUGCGCCAACACACACAUUCACUACACACCAGCUAAAACUAAGUUGGUCUAAAUCAGCAGCACUUUAAUCACUUUGUCUUUUAUGAAGUUUAAAAUCAGCUCAGUUUUUUUGGAAACGGUUUCAGAGCAAACUCCAUCCCCCGCCGCCGCGACGACGACGACGCGUUGUGGAGGAAUCGUCGGACUACGUGGGUUUUAGCUCGUUGCUCCUGACAAACGUCAGACUCGAGCGCGCGACGUGUGUUUGCGGGCGUUCAAUGUGGGUUUUAAACACAAACGCGUCCACGGUCCACGUCUUUCUUCUUUCCUCUUGGACACGCAGGACGACAGACGCGUCACACUGCGCCGGUGAGGCGAAGGAUCCCUCGUCCUGUCCCCCGACGGCUCCGAAUGCAAAAGACACCCGUCAUCAACUCCACAGAAGGUUCAACUUUACAAUAAGGGACAUUAGCAGCCCAUUCAAGUCGGAUGGGGAAUAUUUUUUUAACUAAUAUUUGCACUUUUUUUUUCUCCCCUACAAGACCGAUCUGUAGAUAUUAGCUGGGGGGCGAAUCAGAAAGUUAUGGAAGAGCUGGAUUGAGGUUUAUUUAUCCUCCACGUUACUGUCACCUGCUUCUUCAACUCAACUGCAACAAGGAAUAUUUGUAUGAUGCAUCCGCCAAGUUACAGUAGAGGAGUGAAGAAAGAUAGGUGUAAAACUAGACAAACAGUAGGUCAGACAUGUGUGUGUGUGUCCAUAGCCUUUGUGGGACUCGGGAGUUGAUUUUCAAACUUUAAUUGCCGUUAAUGCAUGUACACACACACACACACACACACACACACAAACACAUACAACUAGAGAGAAUAGAACAGAGAUGUUUUCUGUAGUUUGACCAACAGAUGUCAGUCCUUCUCCACACACACACACACACACACACACACACACACGGAAAGCGUGUUUUCUAUGGAGCCAGGUUAUGGAGAAAAAAAAAUGGAGAAGCUCAUUGUGGAUGAUGUAUUCACAGAGGCAUUCAUGGUUUGCACUUUAAUUCAUUGAGUUUUUUUAAAUAAUUGUUGGAUUGUUAUUUGUUGAAUUUGAUCUCUUUUCUUGUUCAAUGUUUUACUAAGAAAUUUCAUUGCAGAAUUGUUGUUCUGUCUCAGAACAAGGAUCUUGUACAUUUAAAAAAAGAAAGAUAAAAGUAUCAGGGGUUCGUUUGUUUGUUUGUUUAAUAGAAAAUGUACCAUUAGUUUUAUUUGUAUGAUAGAAAUUUCCAAAUAUCUGUUGAACUGAAAUGGGCAGCAUGUGCCGUUUUUUCUCUUCCAAUAAUGUUUUUGUGGUCAAAAUAAUUAGGGACGACAAGGAAACGCUCGUUAUGACGUUCACGUCUGUCUCUGACGAAGGAGGGAGAGAUUCCCAAGUCAAUGACCUUUGAGCAGUAUGGUUACAGAGUUCGUCACACAGAUGAAAAUGUACUGUACAGACACACCUCUGUAGUCUGUACAUGCAUGAAUGAUAAAAUAAUAAUAAUUAUUCAUAUUGUGAACAUUUCCAUUCACAUAGAUGUAUAUUAUUCACUUCAGUUUGAACCACCCAGACACGAUCUGUACUAUCUACCAUCUUUGCAGCAUGAACACACACGUAGAUGUUGAAAAAGUCAAAAGUGCGACUGAGUAAACUCAAAGUCUGGGCUUUCCUACAGAGAAUUCAAAACCAUAAAGUAUAGAAAAUACUUUUUGCACAUGCACAGUGGAGACCUCCCUCUCUAAACUGCUCUUCCUGCAUAACAUGUUAGAUAUUAGAGUAGAUUACAACCCCUUGUUUAAUACUUCCAUUUCUUCUGUUCACCGUUUGUUCAUAUAUAUAUAUAUAUAUAUAUAUUCAUGUUAUAAGAGCAAUCUCUUUUCUGUUUGUUACCUAAUGCUUGUUCACAGCACUCUUACCUCUGUAGCAGAAUUCUGAGACUCUUGCGUUGUUUCAGCUUGUGUGCUCCGUGUUCAUCAGUGUGUUUCUCAACGCUCCAGUUAAAUACAUUUCUUCCCCCCCCCCCCCCCAAAAAAAAGUGUCAACAAUCUGUUUUUUGAGCUUUUGCAUUUAAUAUCUUGUCGCGGCUGAUGUUUGUCACAUACACGAGGAUCACAAAGAUGUUCUCAACCACAUGUAAUACCAACAUGGGAGUGCACGAAACACUGAUUCUCAAAACAGUAUAGUCACAUGGCAUAAAGGUCCAGCCAUCACAUUAAGAGGUUGGAGGUUGGUGUGAUUUUCCUUUUUCAGUAAUGCAGUAUGGCCCUCGAAUGGCCCCCUGGCCUCUGUUUUGGGUUUUAUCACAACACAAUUCCCGUAGCAUUUUUUUCUUUUCUCCUUCAAUAAAAUUGAAAAACGGAA